ACGUCGAAAAGCUCUGCCCGCGUUAACAUGUCGUCGUCGCGGAUCUUUGCGUUGGGACUGCUUUUGGUGCUCUCGAUCUCGUCGACGGUCUGUUGGGCCUCGAUGGUGGACGAGUUGACGAACGAGCAGCUGAGCAUGGUGGAAAAGCAAUUGGCGGACCUCGGCCAGAACGGCGACAUGACCUGCCAGAAUUACGGAGAGAAAUGCAAACUCUACGAGGAGGAGCUCGUUGACUUUUGCCUGUUUUUCAGCAAGGAAUAUCUCUGCCAGAAAAUCAAUGGCAUCGAGGACGUCAGGCGGGCUUUGAAAAAGUUCGAGGAGCAUGAUCCCGACGUGCUGCAAGGAUUGCUUGCCCUGUACUUUUCCAACAACUAGGCAAAAAAGAAAAAAAAAAAGAAGAAGAACGAAUUAAAAACUCGAUACGCCGCUGCUGCUGUGUACAAAGAGCUCAUGUAUAAAAUCACAUUACAUUGGGUAGAAAACCCGAGCAUUAAACGCUCUCGAAAGUUGA